CAUGAAGUUGAGAUCGUCAUCAACUGAUUCGCCCGAAGAAUAUUACGCGCUCUGACAGUUAACUCUAGCGCAGAUGCACGCAGUAGCAUUCUUGGAUCCGAAGUGUUGGAGUGUGCAACAGGCGUGAGCGCAACCCAGUGAUCAGUGGAAGUGAUCGUUCCUCACUAUUGUGCGAUAGUGUCUAAAGAAGUUUCAUUUCAUCUGAAGUAAAUCGCGUACACUCAAAAUGGUUUCCGGAGGAAUGACGUGUGUGAAAUACCUGCUUUUUGUUUUCAACCUUUUAUUCGUGGUUUCUGGCAUAGCAGUAAUUGUUGUCGGAGUAAUGGCAAUGUAUCCGUAUAAAGAGUAUUCGACAUUUAUGGAUGCAAAAUUUGCAGCAGGACCGUUAAUAUUAAUAGUAGUCGGCGCUGUCAUCUUUGUCAUUGCUUUCUUCGGAUGUUGCGGAGCUGUCAAAGAAAAUCACUGCAUGGUUGUAACGUUCUCGGUUCUGCUAUUGACAAUAUUCUGCGUCGAACUUGCUGCUGGAAUUUGUGGGUAUGUCUACCGUGACGAUGUCAAGACUGGAAUUGAAAAGCAAUUCAAAGAUAGCAUGGACAAAUACAACUCCAGCAAGGAGAUCCAAGAUUCCUGGAAUGUGUUGCAACAUGAUCUGAAGUGCUGUGGAGCUGAUGGCCCUGAAGACUGGGCUAAACAUAACAUGAACAUCCCCGCAACAUGCUGCGGCUCUGCUGCAGAAGGCGAGAAAUGUGAAAUUGCUAAUGCUUACGAACAAGGAUGUGCUCCUGCUCUGAAGGAACAGAUAGAGCAUUUUGCCUUGAUCAUAGGUGGUGUUGCUAUUGGCAUCGCAUUUGUCCAAUUGGUUGGUGUCAUCUUUGCUUGCUGCCUUGCAAGAUCGAUUCGGAAGGAAUAUGAAACAGUGUAGAAAUCGUGUAUUCUCAAGUACUUGAUGCUUAAUCCAGGCAUCUUUCAACAAAAAGCCUGCACUGAAACCUCAUUCUCAGCAGAGAUAUUUGGUGUUCUCGAUCCCACAAUCUUCAAAACAUUUUGUGUAAUUGAUGUCUGUUUGUACUUUUGAUGUUUUUUGUUUUGUUAAUUAUUUUUUGUCAUCAGUGUUUAACAUCACGUUAAUUUUGAGUGAUACUUAAAUGCAUCACGUGUGUGUUGCUCAUAAUGAAGUUACUAAUUAUGCAGUUAAAAAUUCAACCCAUUUUGGUAUUUGCCAAAGAAUGUUAAAUUAGUUGCACAUUUGUGUGGUGACAUUUUGUAUUGCAUGUAACAGAGAUGAUGCAUGUAUGAGAGUAGUACAAGUUUCAUCUGUAAAAGUUGGUGUUGAAACACUUCUUGCAUUUAUGCAAUUUGACCAUCAUAGAAGUGCCAUCUUCAAAACGCUGAGCAGUGUAUUGCUUCCCUCUACAAGAAUUUGAAAAACUUUUUCACUCCUGUGUAGAAUAUUGAGAGUAGCACAAUUUGAGUUGAGGGAUCUUUUAACUGCUCUCUUUCUGUUGGCAUAUUUGGUUCGAAGUUGUAAAUGUGGGCAUUCAUUUGACUGGCACAAAGAAUUGUGUCUUACUAAAUGCAUUUUGUUUGCUUGGGCAAAAUGAUGUGCACAACCUGGGGAAGGAGAUUCUGAAGCCCAGAAAGAACUGAUUAGGAUCAGUACUUCUAUUUAGCAAUAGCUUUUAUACCAAGAUCUAACUUUUAUAAACGUUUUACUUAUGUUUUGAUUUUGGAGCAGUGUGCAAAUUUCAUUGUUUAACUGUCCAGACUAGGAUACUUUUCUUUCAUUUGGCUGCUGAAUGUUAAAUGGGCAAUUAGGUAGCUCAUUACAUUGUUUUUGAUGUACAUAGCUAUCCCUAAGGUUACUUUCAUAAGUGUUAACCUAAUGUUUUCAGUACAUCAUUCAACUGUGAUAUACUUUCAUUUCAUCUCUUAAAACAGCAUUUAGUUUUUAUUAUAAUAAAGGAGGUAACCUUUUCUGACAAUGCACAGAUGUGCAGCAAUGUCAGCAAAUGUACCUAUUAAAACAUGUGCAGUAUUUCAUAUGUAUUAAGUGUUGGGUGCGAAGAUUGUUAGCAAAAUGUUGCUGUAUUUUUGAACAGUUUCAUGUGUUAUGUGCCUGAGAGAAUAGGAUUGAUUAUCCAACACGUUAUUGUACCUAUUUUCCAACCAAGUAAUAAAGUUUCUUUUGGCGUAAAAUGUUUGAUAUUUUGAAAUUCUAUCCUAUUCACAAGUCUUGAUCAUUUUCUAUUCUCUUAACUAUCUCUCUAAAAUUAUAUAAAAUUUUGUUCAGGAUCCUGCUGAAGUCCAUUCAGAAGGUUGGUCUCGAAAUAAAGCG